UCAUCCCUAGAAACCCUGUGAACUCUCACGUGCUGUAGCAAGCACAGUGGCGAUAUCAUUCGCCUAAUAGCAAGCAAAUGAAGCGUCUCAUGCAUAUAGGUACGUCCAGUCCUUGAACAGGCUUUUAACAGUCAAUUCAAGUACGAUGGACAGGACUUACCCAAUCCAAUUUACUGACAGUGUCGCUGCGCUCCCUCCGACUGCCCCACGCAAUCAUGCUCAUAUGAUCAACUUGGCCAUCAAGAAAAUUCCCAAGAAUAUUAUGCUACAAGACGCUGUCGUCACAUUACUCCAUCAAACGUCAUCCAUGGCCCUCGAUAUGUUCCUCGCUAAUACAAAAGCAUUUCAUGUGGGAUACAUACCCAAGAGCAAUAAUAGUGAUGACUGUCUCGUCAUCAUGAGAAGAGGUGACAAGGUACUAGUUGGCCAGUAUUCCAAACACAAGACCUCAGCCUUACCAGCACUUGAAUUUCAAAAUCUUAUACGCUACUCCAUCGCCUCAGAUGGCGCCUGGACAAUCACAGACGCUACGUACAACGAUUAUUUUCGUCCAAGCUGGGAAGACGUUUGGGCGGGAAGGACAGUUGACAUUGGUCCUGGAGAUAUCAAUGGCAAGACUACAGAUGAGGAUCUGUUUAUGAGGGAUCUUUUGGCUUUGCAGGCUGCGCACCACAUCUUGUCGCGCAAGUUCUGGGACGACAAGACAUUCAUCUACUCGGCCGUGUUUUAGGUGAUCUUUGAAAUUGGCUAUCUUGUUGUAGCUAUUGGAUGUUUUGCCACAUCUCGACUUCGGAGUUGGAAGGGUACUGUGUAAUACAAAGUUCUCGAGGAUAAACGUCGGUCUGAUGCUGUGCUGAAAACUCUUACUUCGCA